AUGUUCAAAAUAUCUAUUGAUUAGUUGUUGUGAAUUGAUGAUUGGAUCAGAAUGUAGAUAUGAUGGGAGUGUAUAUAAUUAAUGUUAGGAAAGAAAAAUUUAAGAAUGCUAGUAAAACAAAUAAUAUAGAUGAUUUAGGUAAGUAAUCUCUAUAUGCUUGUAUUACAAAUAGGAGAGGAUGUGUAACUCAAAAGAAGCUAUCUAAUAUUUAUACAGGGAUUUAUUAUGAUUAUAGUGAUAGUGAUGGAGAGUGUACAUUAGGAUUAAGUAUAUAAAAAGUAAGAGUUUGUAAUGAUGCACAAAGAAAGAGAUUAUAAAUGUAAUUUGGAUAGCCAAUUGAUUUGAAUAACUUCUAAUUUUAUUAAUCUGUAAUAUAUUGAU